AUGGUGAUGCAGCUGCUGGCCGGCAGCCGGAUCAUCGACGUGGACCAGAGCCUGAAGGAGGACCGCAAUCUGUUCAACGGCGCCCAGAAGCUCUUCGGCAUGCUCAUCACCAUGGGCGAGGCGGUGGCCUACGUGAUGAGCGGCAUGUACGGGGACCUCCGCGAGCUCGGCGCGGGGAACGCCCUCUUGAUCAUCUUCGAGCUGUUCUUUGCGGGCGUGAUCGUGCUGCUUCUGGACGAGCUCAUGCAGAAGGGAUACGGCAUUGGUUCGGGGAUCUCGCUGUUCAUCGCUACCAACAUCUGUGAGAGCAUUAUCUGGAAGGCGUUUUCUCCCACGACGAUGAACACAGGCAAGGGCACGGAGUUCGAAGGCGCCAUCGUGGCGACCUUCCACUUCCUGGCGUCGAGGAGCGACAAGGUGACGGCCUUGAGAGAGGCCUUCUACCGGCAGUCCGCCCCGAACCUGACCAACCUGUUUGCCACCGUCCUGGUCUUUUUCAUCGUGAUCUAUUUCCAGG